UUCACUUUCUCUCCGUGGGGUCAUUUUCAUCGAGAAGAACAUGGUUUCUCAACUGGAAAACGCAAUGGAGGGACUCAUAAAAGUUUUCCACUCCUAUUCCUCCAAAGAGGGGGACAAGUACAAGCUCAGCAAAGGAGAAAUGAAGAGUCUGCUGCAAGGGGAACUCAGUGACUUCCUGGCGGCCAGUAAAGAUCCAAUGGUGGUGGAGAAGAUCAUGUCUGACCUGGAUGAAAAUCGUGACGGCGAAGUAGACUUCCAAGAAUUUGUUGUUCUAGUAGCAGCCCUAACAGUGGCUUGUAAUGAGUUCUUUGUGGAGAGCAUGAAAAACUGAAUAAGCCUGUGCUCUGUGCUGUUUUCAUCAUCCAUCUCUAAUAAAAAAGGUUGGC